AACGCGUUAUUAAUGACGUAAUCAGUGCGUACCCUCGUCUUUCUUGUUCCAAUCGAAACCCAGUUUAAUUCUUAAUCCUCUUCCUCCCUCCCAUCCAUCUCUCUUUUUCUCUCAAAACUCAAUUCGAUUCCCAUUCUACCCCUGCCCUCUCCUCCAAAUUCCAAAUCCGACCGCCACCGCCACCGCCACCGCCACCAUGUACAGCAAUAUGCUGGUGAACUGCUCCAACUGCCACACCCCGCUCCAGCUUCCGUCGGGCGCUCAGUCGAUCCGCUGCGCCCUCUGCCAGGCCGUCACCCUAAUCGCGGACCCACGCUCCCUACACUCACUUCCCUCCUCCCACGCGCUCCCACCUCCCUCUCCUUACGGCCACGCGCCUCCCCCUCCUCCCUCGCCCUACAACCAAGCGCCGCCGGGCCCUCCGCCGAGCGUGCACGGCCGGAAGAAGGCGGUGAUCUGCGGGAUAUCGUAUAAAUACUCGAGGCAUGAGCUCAAGGGUUGCAUCAAUGACGCCAAAUGCAUGCGGUAUCUCCUCAUCAACAAGUUCAAGUUUCCCGACGAAUCCAUUGUCAUGCUCACUGAAGAAGAAACUCACCCAGCUAAGAUUCCAAAUAAAUACAACAUUAGAAUGGCAUUACAUUGGCUUGUACAAGGAUGCCAACCAGGUGACUCCCUUGUGUUUCACUACUCUGGUCAUGGUUCACGGCAGAGGGCUUAUCAUGAUGAUGAAGUUGAUGGAUAUGAUGAAACCCUUUGUCCCCUUGACUUCGAAACCCAGGGUAUGAUUGUCGAUGAUGAGAUAAAUGCAACAAUUGUUAAGCCCCUUCCACAUGGAGUCAAGCUUCAUGCAAUUAUAGACUCCUGUCAUAGUGGCACUGUACUGGAUUUGCCAUUCCUUUGCAGAAUGGACAGGGGUGGAAAAUAUGUAUGGGAGGAUCAUCGCCCUCGAUCAGGCAUGUGGAAAGGAACAAGUGGUGGAGAAGCUAUAUCUAUCAGUGGUUGUGAUGACGAUCAAACCUCUGCUGAUACAUCAGCUCUAUCCAAGAUCACAUCAACCGGUGCCAUGACUUUCUGCUUCAUCCAAGCAAUCGAGCGUGGACAGGCAGCCACAUAUGGGAGCAUACUCAAUUCUAUGCGUAAUACCAUUCGAAGUACGGGUUCUAGCGGCGGUGGUGGUGGUAGUGCUGCUGCUUCUCUCCUUGGUGGUAGUGGAGGUGCUGUUACAUCGCUUGUCAGCAUGCUUCUAACAGGCGGAAGUGUUGGUGGUAGUGGAGGGCUAAGACAGGAGCCUCAAUUAACUGCCUGUGAGCCGUUCGAUGUGUACACGAAACCUUUCGUCCUAUGAUCUUUUAUCUGUCUACACAUAUCAACACUUCAUGUAUUUUAGUCUAGAUAUUUGUGAAACAACUUGAUGGGUAAUGAAUAUAUUAAACAUUCUUUUAUGUUUCCUAUCGAUAGGAUACCCUUGUUUGCACUGCUCCUUA